AAAGUACAAGUAACGAGAGACACAAUAAUACCAGCAGAAGAAGAAUGGGGGGAUUGUGACGUCCUUACAGCUGGUACCGGGGAGCUGGUACCGGCGAGCUGGUUCUGGCUGUGGUGCAGGCGGCUGCUGUUCCCGCAGCGGCCGCUGGGGGCGCAGCUCCUCAGCAUCCUCAGCACCGACACCGACACCGACACCUGCUCAGCCCGGACAUGGACGACGUCCCGCCGAUCAUCACCGUGGCCAUCGCCCUGCGGAUCCAACCCAACGACGGGCCCGUGUUCUUCAAGGUGGACGGAACCCGCUUCGGCCAGAGCCGAACCAUCAAGCUGCUCACCGGCUCCAAGUACAGGAUCGAGGUGGUGCUGAGGCCCGGUACCGUGGAGGCCACCAACAUGAACAUCGGCGGCAUCGUCUUUCCUCUGGAGCAGCAGUCCAGAGACGCCGAGUCGGUGGUUUAUCACGGCCUCUACGACACCGAAGGCGUCCCGCACACCAAGAGCGGCGACCGGCAGCCGGUGCAGGUCAGCAUCGAGUUCAACAAGGCGGGAACGUUCGAGACGGUGUGGCAGGCCAAGUACUACAACUACUACAAGAGGGAGCACUGCCAGUUCGGCAACAAGUUCAGCAACAUCGAGUACGAAUGCAAACCCAACGAGACGCGAACCCUGAUGUGGAUCAACAAGGAGGCGUUCAACUGAGCAGCCGCCGCCGCCGCCGCCGGCUUCAGACAGCAGCGCUCGGCGGCUUCACCUCCACAGAAACAAGAUGUUUGCUGUUCGGCUUCUUGAAGGUUUCUGCUUUAAAGCUGCUCACUCACCAGCUCCUGCUGAGGAUGUCUGAGCCUCUGCAGGCAGAAGACGGAAACAGUUUAAAGGCUUCAGGGUCUAAAAAGUCAUCAUCUGGUUCCAGUCUUCCUCAGAUAUUAUAAUGUAAGAGUCUGAAAGGUUGCAGCUUUAAAGCAGAGCUCCAACAGGUUUCUGAGCUCAGCUGAAGCUCAUUUCAAGUCUGUGUGUCGAGUCCAGACCAAAGCUGAUCUGAGCUUUUAUUAUGAAAAGUACAAAAGUAGAGUUUCAAUAUAAAACCGAUUUGGUGAGAACUUAUAAAAACCUGGAACAGAAGCAGAGCCAGACCAGCAGCGUGACGGACUACAAGCUUAGUUAUUAUCAAACAUGUCAAAUCAGACGAAGGGAUUUAAAUGUUUGUUUCCUGCUGUUGGUGUGAAACCAGCAGCUCUGAUGUCCUCGUGUGUCCUCACUCCUCACUGCAGCAACGCAACACGUGUUUACUCCACUUAUUGUUUAUUCACUGUUUAUUUCACAAAACAGAACUAAACUGGUAGCAACAGUCCAGAAGACAUGCUGUCUGCACCUGCUCUGGAUGUUCAACCCGACGCUGCCGGCAGUUCAGCUCAUUCGUGGCUUCUGUGGCGCCGAGCAGCUCAGAGGUUUUGUUCUUUUUCUAAAAUCUGGUUCCAACCAGGUGGAUCAGUGGUUA